CGAGCAGGAAGAGAAAGCAUUGCCUGGGGCUCUGGGCCCGGGCGGUUGGACAGCUCGGCCAUUCCCGCUGGGAUCAGCACUUGGGGCCACCUUCCCGCGUCCUCUGGACGCCUCUCGUCUCCCACCCCGACCCGCGAUCGCGGCCCUGGGCUGGUGUUGGCGCCCGCUCUCGGUUCCCGCCUGUACCGCGGGCUCCAGCGCUCUCUGCUCGUGUCAUGGAGCCCGGGCCGCACAGCAGGCCCGCCGAGCCGGGGCGUUGCGUGAGCGGCUCGCCCGGAGCGGGCUCAGCGUUUCCAGCGUCCCUGCCGUCUGGCGCCGGGGCCGAGCCCGGGAGUCGCCCAGGAACCGUGGCCGCCGUGCUGCCGGCCGGGGGCUGCGGGGAGAGGAUGGGCGUCCGCACCCCGAAGCAGUUCUGCCGCGUGCUGGAGAGGCCGCUCAUCAGCUACACCCUGCAGGCCCUGGAGAGAGUGUGCUGGAUAAAAGACAUUGUCGUGGUCGUGACAGCAGAGAACAUGGAAGCAAUGAGGAGCGUCAUCCAGAGGUACAGGCAUAAGCGCAUCUCACUAGCCGAGGCCGGAGCCACACGCCACAGGUCAAUUUUUAAUGGCCUGAAAGCCCUGGCAGAGGACCAGCCAGACGUUGUGAUCAUCCACGAUGCCGUGAGACCUUUCGUUGAGGAAGACAUUCUCCUGAGGGUUGUCACAGCAGCUAAGGAACAUGGGGCAGCAGGAGCAAUUCGGCCUCUGGUGUCCACUGUCAUCAGUCCCUCUGCUGACGGCUGCUUAGACCAUUCACUGGACCGUGGCAAACACAGGGCAAGUGAAAUGCCACAGGCUUUUCUCUUUGAUGUGAUCUACGAAGCAUACCAACAGUGUAGUGACUAUGACUUGGAAUUUGGAACAGAGUGCUUGCAGUUGGCCCUAAAAUAUUCUCAGACAAAAGCGAAACUUGUAGAAGGGCCUCCCGACCUCUGGAAGGUGACCUACAAACAAGAUCUCUACGCAGCCGAAUCAAUGAUUAAGGAGAAAAUUUCACAAGAGAUAUGUGUGGUUGUGAACACAAAAGAUGAAGAAUCUGCAGGACAUCUUCUCAAGGAAGUGCUAAAAAAGAAACUAAAUUGUGUUAAUAUCACAUCCACAGUUCUGGAUCACACAGGCGGUGAUGUUCAGAACCUCCUCACAGACCAGUGCUAUAGCUUCAUCUGUGUGAAUGUUGUGUCCUCUGAUUUUCAAGAGACCCAGAAGUUCUUGAAUAUCCUUGAGGAGAGCGGCCUUCCUCUUUUGUACCCUGUGGUUGUUGUUUUGGUGCACUGCCUUGACCUCACCUUAGCUCCGCUGGCUGCGAAGAUGGAGAGUCUGAUGUGGAUUCGGGCAUUGGCGGAGGACAUGAAGAAGAGGAAUGUUUUAUUAAGUGGACUCCUCCUAAACUACUCAAAGGAUACCUUUGUUUCUGGGAUUUUGUGGUCAAUAAAAAGCACUGAAGUUACUCUGGACCCAGUACCCAGCCUCCUCCUCCAAAAAGAUGAAAAGAUGCAUAACCAGUUCUUUGGAAAGGAUGAGCAGAAACUACAAGAGAGUUUACAACAAGGUGCCUCCAUCAUAGCUGCCUUAGUUAAAGAAAGAAGUUCUGCCCUCGCUGGUCAGCUCCUGCUGGCUUAAA